CGUAAUCCGACCAUCUCCCAUCUCUCUACCGACCUACUAUAAACCCUCCCCUUUCCUCUCUCACACUGUCUCCCUCUCUUUUGCUUGCUCCAAAACCGAGGAGAAAGAGAGAGAGAGGGAGGGGACGAGAGAGGGAGCUCUGAUUUAUGUCUACGAGCACUGCUGCCUCGUUCCAUCGUCAAGCUCGAGCUCUCUGGACUCGCCCCUUCCUUACCUCUGCUCUUGAAUUCAUGACUCCGAACACCGAUUCGAUGCGCUUGAAUUCGUCGGGUGCUGGUUUUGGAGUGGAGUCCUUUGGGUUUCUCCUCCUGGAUCGGUAUUUCUUCAUCUUCUUGCUUCGGAUUAGAGGAGGAACCCUACCUUGACCAACCCUGUUCUCUCUCCUGCUAUUUUUUCUUGUGUUUUGCCCUUUUCUUUUGUGUUGUUUCCGAAUUUUGGGGGAGUUCCAGAGGGAGAUUAAGAUGAUGGAGCCGCGGAUUCAACAGCUCUGGAGCCGAUACAGGAUGCGAAGGAAGAGGAAGAUGAAGAAGUUAGACAGCUUGUGUUCGAUCAGAGAUCUGAAACCACCGAUGAUGAGGAGGAAGAUGAGUAGUGGGAAGUUGGAGAGGUCGAGCGCCGCCAGAUCGACUCCCGUCCAAAGAAUCAGGGUCUUCUUCACCGAUCCCGAUGCCACCGACAGCGACGACGGCGACGAGGCUGUGAUGAAGCAGUGUAAGCGAGUGGUCCGGGAGAUCCACGUGGACCGGAUCGCUAAAACCCUAAAAACCCCAGCCGAUCCGGAGAACGAGAGGAGGCAGAAGAAGAAGAAGGAAGCGGCGAGAGUGGCGGUGCCGUCGCCCGCGGCCACCGGCAGGCACAAGGGCGUCCGGCAGCGGCGGUGGGGCAAGUGGGCGGCGGAGAUCCGGGACCCCAUCCGACGCGCCCGCCUCUGGCUCGGUACCUUCGCCACCGCCGAGGAGGCGGCUGCCGCGUACCGGGCUGCCGCGUCACGGCUGGAGGAGGAGAAGCGCCGUCUCCAGCACUCUGGGCCGGCGGAGGGCUCGGCCUAUUCCUUCGUCUCCGUCCCGUCCCCGUCCUCAGUCCUCACACCGCCAGCGACGACGGCGAAGGAGAAGGCUGAGAGAACCAUCGCGGAGCUCUUCAGGGAGAGGCGGGUAGAGGUACCGGCCGAGAUGGACUUCGAUGCGCUUGACGGAGAUGCGCCGUUCUUGCUGGGCGAGCUGGGGGAUGACUUGAUCGGAUUCGACGAUGGAUUUGACGAUCUCCCACUCUGGGGGCAGACAUUGGACGGUGGAGAUUUCUCCUUCCUCGAUCUCUAGCUUCAUUUUUGCAGCGUAAAUGGUCACAGGAAAAAAGAAUUAUAUAUAUUAUACUUUUAUGGUUAGCUUUAUAGUGUGUCAGAGGUGGAGGUUUUGGUUCACUCAGCCCUAUUUUUGCAGCUUAAGAAGGGCAGAGAAAAAUAUUAGCUGGGAGACAGUAGAAUAUGAUAGGAUUUUGGAAAUUGUAAUAAUCAAAAUAUAUAUUGUGAGAUAUAUAUAUAUAUAUAUAGUAUGUGACGUGGAGUUUGUAGA